GUGAGUGAGUGAGUGAGUGAGUGAGUGAGUGAGUGAGUGAGUGAGUGAGUGAGUGAGAGAGAGAGAGAGAGAGACAGAGAGAGAGAGAGAGAGAGAGAGAGAGAGAGAGAGAGAGAGAGAGAGAGAGAGAGAGAGAUGGGCAGGAAAACUCAGCUUGAGCUUUUCCUUCUUUCAAUGGCUAUCCAUGAGGAAGCGGACGGAGCUCUGUGACACUCGCCGUUACGUCCCCCUCCAAAAGACCCACAGCCGAUGAUCAGAAAAUCACAUUUACAUGUCUAUCAUCAGGAGCUGAGAUAUGGUUUAAAUCUGUGAUCUUGAUUUGGAUGGCACAGAUGAUGAGUGUCCUGACUCUUGGACUUGUGGGAAGACUGUAAUUCAGCCAUGGCGUUUUCUCCAGGAUACUUGUACCAGUCUUCACUCUCCCUGUACUCGUGCCCUCCGCACGCGUCCGGUGCGAUCACGGGCCCGCGCACGCAUGAUCUGGGACGAUCCUCCGGCGGCUCGGCGUUUGCCCCGUACGCGUCCACAGCUUUCAGCAACGCUACAGCCUUUAACUCAAUCCAGUACAGUUCUGAAUCCACAGUCCCUUUUACUACAUAUGUGGGCUCCCCAUACGACCAUUCACCGGGUGUAACAGGCUCUAUGGGCUACCACCCGUACGCUGGGCCACUGUGUGCGUACCCGUUUGGAGACCCCGCAUACCGGAAGAACACCACCCGAGAUGCCACCGCCACCCUGAAGGCAUGGCUGAGUGAACACAGAAAAAACCCGUAUCCUACUAAAGGUGAGAAGAUCAUGCUGGCCAUCAUCACCAAAAUGACUCUGACUCAGGUGUCCACCUGGUUCGCUAACGCACGGAGGAGACUGAAAAAAGAAAAUAAGAUGACCUGGACACCACGAAACAGGAGUGAGGAUGAGGAUGAUGGGGACAGCAUUGAUUUAGAGAAAAACGAUGAAGAUGAUGAACCGCUAAAGACUACCCAAACAACAGAGACGACCAAAGAUUCAGUUCGCGACGACUGUUCAGAAAAGCGCACAGACGACGACACGAUGGAUCGUGUUAUAAUCGACUGUGAAGAACACGAGAAGCGGACAGAACCCGAGUCUCCGGUGGCCACAACCUCCUCUCCCCUAAACGACAACAGAGAAAGCCCGAAGCCCCCCAGUGAGAACUGCAAACCCACAUCUGUCAUUCAUUCAGCAAACUCGACCCCCAAACCCAAACUGUGGUCUCUUGCUGAAAUGGCUACGUCCGAUAAGAGGUGUGACGAAACAUCAGGGAGGUCAUCACCCGCCGGGUCACCCGUGCAGUGCCCGUAUCCCCCGAGACAUUUAUACUACACGUCUGCUUUCCGCGCGGGCUUCACGAACUAUAGCGCAUUCGGAUCCCUGCACGAAUCCAACCCCAAACAUCUAAACGGAUUAAUUUAGACUUCGUUACACAGAGACAGCAAACUCACUCUCUAGCCACAUCAGCGCUUUAAUUUAUUAUUAUAUCCAGUGCAAAUAAAACAACUGUGGUAUGCCUCUGAUUUAUAGAGACGCGCGACGUUUUUUACAUUUAGGAAUGACGUCAUGUUGUAUGCUGAAAUGCUAUUUUUCUUCAAAUAUAUCCAUUCAAUGUAACAUGUUUGUGCAAGAGGCCAAAGUAGUCCUUUAAAAAAAGUUUUGUAAUUCCAAUCUGCUGUUACAAUUAUCUAUUAUUUAAUACUUCAUACAAUCUUUUUUACUGGAUGUUCAUAUAUUACGCCUGAUUAUCUGUGCCAUUUUGCAAAACCUACCUAAGAUGUUUUAUGACAGAAAUAAUUUAGGGAUUAUGAAGUUUAUUCCUUAAAACAUGAUCAGUGGUUGGUUUGCCAUGCACUAUAACAUUAUGCAUAGUUCAAAUUUCCCUGUAUUUAGCAAUCAUGUGUUAAGAAUUUGUUUAAUAUGUAAACGCGGUUUGAUUGGCUCACUGAAAUAUAUGACAGAUACUAUAUAAAGGCUUGCAGGGUUGGCAUCAGGUUCAGAAGAGUCAGUCAAGACAAUUUAGUAGCUGCAUUUGUUGAACUCAAGCUAUUCUUCACAUAUAUUUCAACCCCGUGAGGAUUAUUCCAUCACCACUCUUUAAGAACAUUGUGCAGUGCCUUCCAGAAUUUCUCACAACUGUGCUUCACUUAUAUGGACUCAAAGAAAACACUCAAUAACUGUAAUAGUCGCCUCCUGGGCUUAAUACAGAGGAUAAAUUGUAUAUUUAAGUCAACAUUUAUUGCAAGGGGAUUAUGGGACAGCACUCUUAACUGGAGGAGAUAUUAAAUUUAUGCUCCAUACAGCAUCUAAACAUGAAACGUGUGUUGAAGUGAUGCAGGAACAGUGAGGGGCUAAAAAUGUUCAAAAGACCAUUUUAAAAGGGAUUAAACGUGUAAAUUCAAAAUUUAGUAAACUCUUGGCAUGAAAGAGAGGAUUACCACCCAUUCUCCAUUUCUGCUCGAACAGCAGAGUCCAACAGCAACAAACAUCAGAGAAGCAACUCAGGCCCUGUGGGUUACAGGGGUAAUACAACGUUUUUGUACACAAAACCAUGAAAAGAGGCUGCAAGGAUUUGAAAAGCUCUCUAAUCCUUUGGGUAAAUUCAGAGUUUGAGUACAAGGUGCAAUGCUAUUUCACAAUCCAGUGAAUUCAAAGCUUUGUAACCAAAGAUGCUCCAUCAAAACUAUCCAAUCAUCUUCUGUCCACUUGUACCAAUGUCGCAUUUAACACGCUUAUUUUACUUUUUAUUACUUUAUAAGGAGGGUUUAAAACAACUACAAAUGGGGUUUCUUUUCAAAAUUGGGGUUGUGAAAAAUGUAUAUACUGUAUGUUUACAUGUGACACUUUCAUCCAGCUCUGCCAUUGCAAGAAAUUAUAUAACAUCCUUUAUUAUCACAUAAAUAUUUAACCUGUUGUACUUACAGAAGACAUAUUUUGCUUGCUAAUUAAAAGGCCUUUUUAGGAAAUUACAUAAAGUGAAGUUUAUAGUGAAACCAGGCAAUAUUAUGUUUUUCUUUUCAUAUGACACAGUUUGUGUCUGAUUAUUGACUAAAAUUUCCUCUCAGGAAUUAUAUAUUUUU